ACACUGCUUCGUUUGUACACAUAAACAAUUGAUUUUUCGCCAGCAAAUAAGAUGUCUAUGUCCGCGAAAAAAAUUGCCGAGGCUGAGGAACUGGUGCGCACUGCUGAAAAGAGCUUGAAGACAUCGCUAUUGAAGUGGGUGCCGGACUAUGACAGUGCCGCAGAUGAGUACUCAAAGGCAGCGACGGCGUAUCGAAUUGCCAAGUCAUAUGACAAAAGCAAGGAGUGUCUGCUGAAGGCCAUCGAUGCUUACAAGAACAACAAAUCCUGGUUCCAUGCUGCCAAGGCAUACGAGCAGCUUAUAUUGGUAUCCAAGGAUAUGGACAAGCUGACAGACGUUGAGGAGUAUGCCAACAAGGCUUGCAGUCUCUAUCAGCAGCAUGGCUCACCCGAAGCUGCUGCCUCAGCGCUGGAUAAAGCUGCAAAGCUGACAGAGUCGAAGCAUCCAGACAUGGCAUUGCGCUUCUAUCAACAUGCUGUAGAAGUUAUACUCAUUGAAGAUUCCACACGCCAAGCGUCCGAAUAUUGCUCAAAGGUGUCCAGGCUGCUGGUGAAGCUCAGACGCUACGAGGAGGCAACCAAGGCAAUUAAACAGGAAAUUGGACUGUUUCAGCAAACAGAGUCCUAUGGCCAAAUAGGACGCAUGGUUGUGGCGCUAGUGCUGGUGCAACUUGGUCUGGGUGACUCUGUGGAGGCGGAGAAAUCGUUCAAGGAGUGGGGCAACUGCUGUGAACCUGAGGAAGUGUCUACGCUGCAAACGCUGCUGCAGGCCUUUGAUGAUGAGGACGCUGAGAUGGCUGCCAGAAUGCUGGCAACGCCAUUCAUACGACACAUGGACGUGGAGUAUGCAAUCUUGGCUAAGAACAUUCCCCUACCACAGAGUCUGGAGGUGGAGAAGAAACCUGAAAGCGGCAACGCUAACAAAGUACAAGCGGAGGAGGAAGAGGACGACUUGUGUUAGGAAUUUCAUUCCAUACUUUUAUUGUUACUUAACUAUUAAUAACCAAAUUUUAAUCAAUUAAAGCCAAUUGCAAUAUAUAUAAACUGUUAUCACAACUACAACUAUAGCUAAUAUGAAUGCUUAAUAAAAUGCUAUUUAAAAUCUCUA